ACAAGGCCUAAUCACUGAACAGAUAAGAUCACUGAAACUGACCACAGAUCCACCAUCAAUUCAGACUGCUACACACUCCCCACAGUCGAACACACUUCUCUCCAUGGCCGCCGACGACAAGACGGGACGACGCCACCACCAUUUCCUGGUGGUGGCCUACGGCAUCCAAAGCCACGUCAACCCUGGACGUGCCCUGGCCCGUCGUCUCGCACAGCUCGAUGGCUCCAUUACAGCCACGCUCUCCGUGCCGGUGGUCACCUACCGACGCAUGUUCCCUUCGUCACUACUGGAUUCCGCGGCGGCGGUGGCGGCGGAGGAAGAGAUGACCACCGACGGGGUCAUCUCCUACGUCCCCUACUCCGACGGCCUCGACGACGGCUCCUUGUCCUGGCCCACGGACGCCGAGUCCAGGGCGCGCAGGCGCCGCGCGAGCGCCGACAGCCUCUCGGCCAUCGUCGCCCGCCUCGCCGGCCGCGGCGGCGGCCACCCGGUGACGUGCAUCAUGUGCACGAUGGUGCUGCUCCCGGUGCUCGACGUCGCGCGGGAGCACGGCAUCCCUCUCGCCGUGUACUGGCUCCAGCCGGCCACCGUCCUUGCCAUCGGCUACCACUUCUUCCACGGCCUCGGCGAGCUCGUCGCCGCCCACGCCAUGGAGCCUGCGUACGAGGUGCUCGUGCCGGGGCUGAAGCUGAACCGCCCUCUCCGGAUCGACAGCCUCCCGACCUUCCUGACCGACACGUCGGGCACCGACAGGGCCAGGGCCUUCAUCGACGUGUUCGGCGAGCUGUUCGAGUUCAUGGACCAAUGGCGGCCUAAAGUGCUCGUGAACACGUUCGACGAGCUGGAGCCGGACGCGCUCGCCGAGAUGAAACGGCACCUGGACGUCGUCGCCGUCGGCCCCAUGGUCGGGUCCGCCAUGGACGCUCGGAUCCAUCUGUUCGAGCACGACAAGAAGAGGUACAUGGAGUGGCUUCACGCUCACCCCGACAACUCGGUGGUGUACGUGUCGUUCGGGAGCGUGACCAAGUUCGCCAAGCUGCAGAUGGAGGAGAUAGCUGCAGGACUGCGGCAGUGUGGGCGGCCAUACUUGCUGGUCGUGCGCAAGGACGGGGUCGACGGCGGCGAUGGCGAAAGCGGCGGCGGCGGCAGCCAUGGCCUGGACCUGGAGAAGGACGACAGCCUGCAGAGCCAGGGGAUGGUUGUGGACUGGUGUGACCAGCUGGAGGUGCUGUCGCACCCGGCGGUGGGGUGUUUCGUGUCGCACUGUGGGUGGAACUCGGCGACGGAGGCCAUGGCGUCCGGCGUGCCCAUCGUCGGCGUGCCCAACAUGUUUGACCAGGUGACGAACGUGUACCUGGUCGAGGAAGAGUGGGGGAUCGGCGUCAGAGGAGAGCGGAACGGCGAUGGUGUGCUGACAGGGGCAGAGCUGGCGAGGUGCAUUGAGUUGGUCAUGGAUGAUGAUGGUGGUGGUGCAAGAGCAGUGGCCAUAAGGGAAAGGGCAAAGGCCUUGAAAGAGACGGCGCUGGCUGCCGCCCAUGCUGGCGGCGCUGCUGAGAGAAACCUUUGUGAUCUUGUCAAAACAAUGUCAAAAUCGCUUCAAUCUGUCCAGUCAUGACAGCGACUUCUUUUAAUAAUUCUGGAUCGGCGGAAGAUAAAGAUCCCGUGAUCAUGUCAUGUAUGCUUGAAUUUUAAUAAUUUAAUGUUACUGAAAAUCUGAAAU